AUGGCACAACAGCAGCAGAAUGGCGAGCCCGUAAUGCGCAGGAAGCUCGUCAUCAUCGGCGACGGCGCCUGCGGAAAGACGAGUCUUCUGAGUGUCUUCACUCUCGGUUACUUUCCAACUCGCUACGUCCCAACCGUCUUUGAAAACUACGUCACCGACUGUCGAGUAGACGGCAAAUCUGUGCAGCUCGCCCUCUGGGAUACCGCCGGCCAAGAAGACUACGAGCGCCUGCGCCCCCUCGCCUACUCCAAAGCGCACGUCAUCCUCAUCGGCUUCAGCGUCGACUCGCCCGACUCCCUCGAUAACGUCAAGCACAAGUGGGCGGAAGAGGCGCGCGAACGCUGUCCCACGGUGCCCAUUAUCCUCGUCGCUCUCAAGAAGGAUCUCAGAGACGAUCCGUUGGCCCAAGAGGAGAUGAGGAAGAAGAGUCUGAGGUUCACGACGACAAAACAGGGCACGGAUAUGAAGGAGAUGAUUGGGGCGAGAAAGUAUCUCGAGUGCAGUAGUCUGACGGGUGAUGGUGUUGAUGAUGUCUUUGAGGCGGCGACUAGGGCCGCGCUGUUGAGUGUGGAUAAGAAGGAGAAUCCGGGGUGUGGGUGUGUUGUUCUUUGA